ACCCAUGGCUUCUGCCAAAGAAAAUGUUCCUCUGGCGCCGCCCCAACCGUUGCCACGACAAAGCAGAAGCAGACCGCGUCCUCCGCCACCGCCACCGCUGCGGCCAAAGAUGGCCAACGGCGCCACUGAGCCGCCGGCAAGCGGCGGCGUCAAGUGCACGUGUUUCCGCCUAACCAGCCGCACCAAGAAGCCUCUGCCGCCGCAUCCGGCGCCGAAGCUCCGCAGCGCCAGCAACAGGAGCGCAGUCGCUCCAGACGUGCUGGCUGCGGCGGCGGCGGCGGCGUCCCAGUCCCAGCGCGUCACCUUCCGGGCGUCGGCGCCGCCCCUCUCCACGCGGUGGCCGUCGUCACCGUCAGCUCCUGCUGGCAGCGGCGGGAGCGUCGUCACGCCGGGGAGGGCGUCGGCGUCGUCGGCGGUGGCACCGACGAUGAAAGCCGGCGCCGCGACGGCGUCGUCCUCGUCCUUCUCGCACUGGCGCUGCCGGUCGCUGUCGUCGCCCCGGGUCAUGCCACACGGCGAGCGCGCGUCCUUCUCUUUCGCCGUGUCGCCGUCCAGCUGCAUGAGCACGCCAAAGAUACCACACGGGUGGCAGCACAAGUAGCUGGCGUUCGUUCGAUCGGCGCCUCAGCACCAAGCUCCGUGUGCUU